AUGCUUUCGCUUAAAGUUACCAUCUCCCACUACAAUAUCAACAUAUUUCGUGGACAACCUAUUUUCAGAGUCGUGCCCUUAGAAAUCAGAAAUCGCUUGUUUUCCUCGGGCAAUAACAAGCAAGAUGAUGGUUCGCGAAUCCCUGACUUAAAAGGUUCAUCAGAUGAAAAGAAAUCGGGUUUUAAGGACACCAAAGAUGAUGAGAUUGCUCGACCAACAAAAAAACAAACUUUUGGUCAAAACACUCCGUCUGCAAAAAAGGGUUCGGCGGCCGAAGAGUAUGAUCAGUUUUUUUUAAAAUUCUCUAGCGAGACCACGUCGGAAGGUCCAGGAACGAAGGAAGAAAAGGAAGACGACUCGUUGUUGAUGGCGCUCAAAACUCCAAAAGAAAAGACAAAACAGUCUACACACAAAACCUCAAAUGCAGACGUGGCAAAAUUAUUAUCAGAUUUUCUCCUUCCAUCGGACGAACUACAUCGAAUCCAUAUACACGCCUCAUAUAACAAUACUAUAGUAACGUUAACAAAUUCAAAAAAAGACGUGUUGAUAACCACUUCGGGCGGGAUUGUCGGAUUUAAAAAGGCACAGCGAGGAGGUUACGAGGCUGCUCAUCAAGCUGCCGUUGGAUUAAUCGAAAAGAUCAAAAGUAAAAAGAUCAAUGUUAGAAAUGUUGAAAUCUUGGUCAAUGGGUUUGGGCCAGGCAGAGAUGCCGCUUUUAAAGCAAUCGCUUCGUCAGAAAACCCUUGGAAUGUCAAAAGAAUUACAGAUACCACACCGCUCCCGUUUAAUGGGUGCAGGCCAAAGAAAGUGAGAAGAUUGUGA